GCGCGGCUCCCUCCUCCCCGCCCUCCCCGCUGCCGCUUCCCCGCCCCCGCCCGGCCCUCGGCUGGGCUCCGCCGCCGGCAGUCGGGCCAUGGCGGGGCGAUGAGGGAGCGGCCGCCCCUGCCCGCAGGCUGCGUGGGGAGGCGGGGAGCGACGGGGCUGGGAGGCUCGGCGGUGCUAGUGCCGGGCGGCGGGGCGGGGGGAUGUGGGGCGCGGGGGCCGCGGCGCUGCAGCUCCUCGCCCGGGCCGUGAAGCAGGCGGUGGCGCAGGGGACCCGGCAGGACCUGGGCCGCUGGCUGUCCCGAGCAGCCGGGACGGCGGCAGGAGGCGGCGGUGGGGACGCCGUCGGCUUCGUCCCUGCGGAGGCGGCAGGAGCCGGCGGGCUGCUCCUGGGGCCGUACGCGGAGCAGGGCGGGCUGGCGCCGGCGGAGCUGCUGCUGUGCCAGCUGCCCGAGGCGGGCGGCGGCGGGCCCGGGCUGGCCGAGGCGCGGGGCUGGCGCUGCUCUUGUUGCCUCCUGGGCACCUGCUGGUGCAAGAGCUGCCUCAGCGUGUGUGUCCUGGCGGCCCUCUGCUUUGCCUCACUGGCCUUGGUGCGCCAGUACCUACGGGACCUGAUGCUCUGGGCCGAGAGCCUGGACAGUCUGGCCAGCGUGCUGCUCUUCACCGUGGGCUUCAUCGUUGUGUCCUUCCCUUGCGGCUGGGGGUACAUCCUGCUCAACGUGGCCGCUGGCUACCUCUACGGCUUUGUGCUCGGCAUAGUGCUGAUGAUGUUCGGCGUCCUUGUUGGCACCUUUGUUGCUCAUGUAGCCUGCAAGCGGCUAUUGGCCCACUGGGCACGGGCCAGGAUCCAGGGCAGCGAGACGCUCAGCGCCGUCGUCCGUGUCGUGGAGGGUGGCAGUGGCCUCAAAGUGGUGGCUCUGGCACGGCUGACGCCCAUCCCCUUUGGGCUACAGAACGCCGUCUUCGCGAUUACAGAUUUGUCACUACCCAACUACUUGAUGGCUUCUUCCGUUGGGCUGCUGCCUACUCAGCUCCUGAACUCGUACUUGGGCACAACGUUGCGCACGAUGGAGGAUGUGAUUGCAAAACAAAGUGUUAGUGGCUAUUUUGUAUUCAGUUUACAGAUUGUCAUAAGCAUAGGACUCAUGUUUUAUGUCGUUCACCGUGCUCAAGUGGAACUGAACGCAGCUAUUGUAGCGUGUGAGAUGGAAAUGAAGACAUCUCUUGUUAAGGACAGUCAGCCGAGCAUCAGUGGUUCCAGCACGUACUGCAGCAAAAGGGCAGUAGCCUUCUCUGGAGGAGGUGUCAAUAUUGUGUGAUUUCAAGUAUUAAUAAAGUAAGGUUUUAUGAACCUAA